UGUGGAUAUUAAUACGAGUUGCUAAGCAGUUCUUCCACAGUCGUGCAGUGCCCAGUUAAGUGCGAAACAUGUCCGGCAGAGGUAAAGGAGGAAAAGGUCUUGGAAAGGGAGGCGCAAAGCGUCACCGCAAAGUUCUUCGUGAUAACAUCCAGGGGAUCACCAAGCCUGCAAUCAGGCGUUUGGCUCGCCGUGGUGGUGUGAAGCGUAUCUCUGGUCUCAUCUACGAGGAGACCCGUGGUGUGUUAAAGGUUUUCCUGGAGAACGUGAUUCGCGAUGCCGUCACCUACACAGAGCACGCCAAGAGAAAGACUGUGACUGCAAUGGAUGUUGUUUAUGCUUUGAAACGCCAGGGACGUACUCUGUACGGUUUUGGUGGUUAAAGAUCAGAUCUCCUCUUCGACUAAACCCAAAGGCUCUUUUAAGAGCCACCCAAUACCUUAUAAAAGCUUGUCUUCCUUUUUAAUGGGGUAAUGGAAGUUAAACUUCUAGUGUAGAGAUAAGCACAUCUAUAAAUUUGCUAGGUGCUGAAUAUUAUAAACGACGUAUAAAAAAGAAAAGUUACAUGCACAUUGCCUCGUAUGCUACCAGUUUAAAUGUAGCCUAGUUUA